AUGGCAGAUGAACGAAAAGAUGAAGCAAAGCCUCCUCACUGGACCUCAACUCAACUAACAGAGGCAUCUGCACACCCACAUCAACCUGAGAUUAAGGAUCAAGGCGGGGCAGGGGAAGGACUUGUCCGAAGCGCCAAUGGAUUCCCAUACAGGGAGGAUGAAGAGGGAGCCUUUGGAGAACAUGAGUCACAGGACACCUAUUCAAAUACCAAAGAGAAUGGGAUCAAUGGAGAGCUGACCUCAGCUGACAGAGAAACAGCAGAGGAGGUGUCUGCAAGGAUAGUUCAAGUAGUCACGGCUGAGGCUGUAGCAGUCCUGAAGGGUGAACAAGAAAAAGAAGCUCAGCAUAAAGAUCAGCCUGCAGCUCUGCCUUUAGCAGCUGAAGACACAGCUAAUCUGCCUCCUUCUCCACCCCCAUCGCCAGCCUCAGAACAGACUGUCACAGUGGAGGAAGCCUCGAAGAUGGAGUUCCAAGACCAGCAGGAAUUGACUCCUUCAACAGCUGAGCCUUUAGACAAGAAGGAAAAGGAGUCAGAGAAACAAAGUAAGCCUGGUGAAGACCUUAAACAUGCUGCCUUCGUUUCUCAGCCAGAGACAACUAAAACUUACCCUGCUCAAAAGGACAUGCAAGGCACAGAAGAAGAAAAAGCCUCUCCCGCUUUGUUUGGGCACAGUCUCAUUGCCAGCCUGGAAGACGUGACACAGAAGACAGAACCAAGCCUAGUAGUGCCUGGCAUUGACCUUCCUGCAGAGCCUCCAGCUCCCAAAGAACAAAAGGACUGGUUCAUUGAAAUGCCAAUGGAAACAAAAAAAGAUGAGUGGGGUUUAGUUGCUCCAAUAUCUCCUGGCCCCCUGACACCCAUGAGGGAAAAAGAUGUAUUUGAGGAUAUCCCAAAAUGGGAAGGCAAACAAUUUGAUUCCCCCAUGCCAAGUCCCUUUCAAGGUGGAAGCUUCACUCUUCCUUUAGAUGUCAUGAAGAGUGAAGUAGUUCCAGAAACAUCACCCUUUGCCUCUGCCUUCUUACAGCCAGAUGACAAAAAAUCUGUGCAAGAAACCAGUGGCCCAGCUACUGCCAAAGAUAGUUCUAAAGUUGAAGAGCCCCAUAAAGAUAAAACUGACAGAAUGGCAGAAGUACCAGCCUCAGAGGCAAUCACCUUACCCAAAGAUGCUCACAUUCCAGUUGUGGAAGAAAAUGUUAUGGAGAAAAUUUUAGAGGGAGAAAUAGGGGUCGUAAAUCAAGAGAGUGUGCAGAAAAAAGAUACUUUCACCCUUAGUGGACCGGAACCUACACUUACUGAAAAGGAACCUCAGCUGAAGCUUGAAGAAAAAACAACCAUUUCUGACAAAGAAGCUGUUCCAAAAGAGAGUACACCCCUAAAAUUGGCAGACGAAGAAACAGGCAUAAUUCAGAUCUCCACAGAGCACACUUUCUCAAAAGAACAGGAAGGCCAAGAGUCUACUGCAGAUAUGUUAAAACAAGACUCAUUCCCUGUAAGUUUGGAGCAAGCAAUUACAGAUUCAACUAUGACCUCUAAGACACUGGGGAAAGUCAUGACCGAACCAGCUGCAUUAACUGAAAAGAGUGUAACCCAGGAAAUUUUUGAGGAGAAAGUUACCGACAAAGCUAAUAGGGUCGAAGGAGUUGGGGCUGCAACAUCAGCCGAGCUUGACAUGCCAUUUUAUGAAGACAAGUCAGGAAUGUCCAAGUACUUUGAAACAUCUGCCUUGAAAGAAGAAGUAACCAAAAGCAUUCAGCCAGGCAGUGAUUACUAUGAACUAAGUGACACUAGAGAAAUUGCCCCUGAGUCUAUUGAUACCGUAUCUCCCGUGCAUAAAAAUGGCGACAAGGGAUUUCAAGCAGAAGAUUCCCAGCCCAGUGCUCCGGCACAGGAAGCAGGGUACAGUACUCUUGCACAGAGUUAUCCACCUGAGUUACCUGAAGAACCCAGUUCUCCUCAAGAAAGAAUGUUCACCAUUGAUCCAAAAGUGUAUGGCGAGAAAAGGGAUCUCCAUAGUAAGAAUAAGGAUGAUUUGACACUUAGCAGGAGUUUAGGACUUGGUGGGAGAUCUGCAAUAGAACAAAGAAGCAUGUCAAUCAAUUUGCCCAUGUCUUGCCUGGAUUCCAUAGCCCUUGGAUUUAACUUUGGUCGGGGUCAUGACCUUUCUCCUCUGGCUUCUGAUAUUCUAACCAACACUAGUGGAAGUAUGGAUGAAGGGGAUGAUUACCUUCCAGCCACCACACCUGCAGUGGAGAAAGGCCCUUGCUUCCCAGUAGAAAGCAAAGAGGAAAAACAGACAGAAAAAGAAAAGGCUACUGGAGAAGAAAUUACUCAAGUGGAGACAUCAUGUGAGUCACCUUUCCUAGCCAAAGAUUAUUACAAAAAUGGUACUGUCAUGGCCCCUGACCUGCCUGAAAUGCUAGAUCUGGCAGGCACAAGGUCAAGAUUAGCAUCUGUGAGUGCAGAUGCUGAGGUUUCCAGGAGAAAAUCAGUUCCGUCAGAGACUGUGGUUGAGGAGAGUAGUACUGGUUUGCCCCCUGUAACUGAUGAAAACCACAUUGUUGUAAAGACGGACAGUCAGCUUGAAGACCUGGGCUACUGCGUGUUCAAUAAAUACACAGUCCCACUCCCAUCACCUGUUCAAGACAGUGAAAAUUUAUCAGGAGAGAGUGGUUCCUUUUAUGAAGGCACUGAUGAUAAAGCUCGAAGAGAUUUGGCCACAGACCUUUCAUUGAUUGAAGUAAAACUGGCAGCUGCUGGAAGAGUCAAAGAUGAGUUCAGUGUUGAGAAAGAAGCAUCCCCGCAUAUCUCUGAUGACAAAUCGGGACUGGGUAGGGAAUUUGACCAAGAGAGGAAAGUUAAUGAUAAGCUAGAUUCUGUACCAGAAAAGAGUGAAGAACUUGCUGACUCAAAAGAACAUGGCAAGGAAACAGAAGAGGCUGUUGAUAAAGUGGAAACAUUUGACUUAGGAAUAACCUACGAACAAGCUCCAGCCAAAGAACUGACAAUAUCAAAAGAUGCAUCAUCUGAGAAAGCAGAGAAAGUCCUUAGUUCAGUGCCAGAGGUAGCUGAGGUAGAACCAUCCAAAAAAGCUGACCAAGAACUAGAUUUUGCUGCCCAGACAGCUGCCCAGGGUCAAUUAGAUGUUAAAAUUAGUGAUUUUGGGCAGAUGGCUUCGGGGCUAAACAUAGAUGCCGAGAAGGCAACAGAGUUUAAACUUGACGCUACACAGGACCUGAGCCCCUCAUCCAAAGUGCCUCAGGAGGCAGAUGCAUUUAUGAGUGUUGAGUCUGGCCACAUGAAAGAAGGUGCCAAAGUCAAUGAGACAGAAGUCAAAGAGAAGGUGGCCAAGCCCGACUUGGUGCAUCAGGAGGCUGUAGACAAAGAGGAGUCCUAUGAGUCUAGUGGUGAGCAUGAAAGCCUCACCAUGGAGUCCUUGAAACCUGAUGAGGGCAAGAAGGAAACUUCUCCAGAAUCAUCUCUAAUUCAGGAUGAGAUUGCCAUCAAAUUGUCAGUGGAAAUACCUUGCCCACCUGCUGUUUCAGAGGCUGAUUUAGUCACAGAUGAGAGAGCUGAUGUCCAGAUGGAAUUUAUUCAACUGCCAAAAGAUGAAAGCAAGGAAACCCCAGAUAUAUCUAUCACCCCCUCUGAUGUUACAGAGCCAUUGCUUGGAGCAGUUGUGUCUGAACUAGCAGAGGCUCAACGUGAGGAGGAAGAGAUAGAAGCCCGAGGAGAAUAUGAUAAACUACUCUUCCGCUCAGACACCCUUCAGAUUACUGACUUGGGUGUCCCAGGUGUCAGGGAGGAAUUUGUGGAGACCUGCCCAGGUGAACACAAAGGGGUGAUUGAGUCUGUCGUGACCAUCGAGGAUGAUUUCAUCACUGUAGUGCAAACCACAACUGACGAAGGGGAGUCAGGCUCCCACAGUGUGCGCUUUGCAGCCCUAGAGCAGCCUGAUGUGGAAAGGAGACCGUCCCCUCGUGACGAAGAAGAGCUCGAAAUAGAAGAGGCAGCUGAAGCCCAGGCAGGACCCAAGGAUGGUUCCCCAGAGGCUCCAGCUUCCCCUGAGAGAGAAGAGAUUGCCCUCUCAGAAUAUAAGACAGAAACCUAUGACGAUUACAAAGACGAGACCACCAUUGAUGACUCCAUCAUGGAUGCUGACAGCCUCUGGGUGGACACUCAAGAUGAUGAUAGGAGCAUCAUGACAGAACAGUUAGAAACUAUUCCUAAAGAGGAGAAAGCUGAAAAGGAAGCUCGGAGAUCAUCUCUUGAGAAACAUAGAAAAGAAAAGCCUUUUAAAACCGGGAGAGGCAGAAUUUCCACUCCUGAAAGAAAAAUAGCUAAAAAGGAACCUAGCACAGUCUCCAGAGAUGAAGUGAGAAGGAAAAAAGCAGUUUAUAAGAAAGCUGAACUUGCUAAAAAAACAGAAGUUCAGGCCCACUCUCCCUCCAGGAAAUUCAUUUUAAAACCUGCUAUCAAAUAUACUAGACCAACUCAUCUCUCCUGUGUUAAGCGGAAAACCACAGCAGCAGGUGGGGAAUCGCCUCUGGCUCCCAGUGUAUUUAAACAGGCGAAGGACAAAGUCUCCGAUGGAGUAACCAAGAGCCCAGAAAAGCGCUCUUCUCUCCCGAGACCUUCCUCCAUUCUUCCUCCUCGCCGAGGUGUGUCAGGAGACAGAGAUGAGAAUUCCUUCUCUCUCAAUAGUUCCAUCUCCUCUUCAGCACGAAGGACCACCAGGUCAGAGCCAAUUCGCAGAGCAGGAAAAAGUGGCACCUCAACGCCCACUACUCCUGGAUCAACUGCCAUCACUCCUGGCACCCCACCAAGUUAUUCUUCACGCACACCAGGCACUCCUGGAACCCCUAGCUAUCCCAGGACCCCUCACACACCAGGAACCCCCAAAUCUGCCAUCUUGGUGCCCAGCGAGAAGAAAGUCGCCAUCAUACGUACUCCUCCAAAAUCUCCCGCCACUCCCAAGCAGCUUCGGCUUAUUAACCAACCGCUGCCAGAUCUGAAGAAUGUCAAAUCCAAAAUCGGAUCGACAGACAACAUCAAAUACCAACCUAAGGGGGGGCAGGUCCAAAUUGUUACCAAGAAAAUAGACCUAAGCCAUGUGACAUCCAAAUGUGGCUCUCUGAAGAAUAUCCGCCACAGGCCAGGUGGUGGACGUGUGAAAAUUGAGAGUGUAAAACUGGAUUUCAAAGAAAAGGCCCAAGCUAAAGUUGGUUCACUUGAUAAUGCUCACCAUGUACCUGGAGGUGGUAAUGUCAAGAUUGACAGCCAAAAGUUGAACUUCAGAGAGCAUGCCAAGGCCCGCGUGGACCAUGGGGCUGAGAUCAUUACGCAGUCCCCAGGCAGAUCCAGCGUGGCAUCGCCCCGACGACUCAGCAACGUCUCCUCUUCUGGAAGCAUCAACCUGCUUGAAUCUCCUCAGCUUGCCACUUUGGCUGAGGAUGUCACUGCUGCACUUGCUAAGCAGGGCUUGUGAAUAUUUCUCAUUUAGCAUUGAAGUAAUAAUAUUUAGGCAUGAGCUCUUGGCAGGAGUGGGCUCUGAGCAGGUGUUACAUUCAUUCUUUAAAAACCAUAAAAUAAAUAAUCUC